AUGGUGACCAAGGGACUGGGGCCGCCGCGGAGCAGCCCGGACGGCAGGGCGCCUUCGCCUCCUCCUCGGCGCUCAGGCCGCACACGGGUCCCGCGGCCCUUCGGGCGCCAGAGCUGGGGCGCUCCACUCCGCGCCCCGACGCCUGGCCGGCUCCCGCGGCUCCUCACCCACCGCCCUCGGGCGCGGGGGUCUCAAGGUAGGCCCCUGCCGCCGUGUGGCCGGAGUCCGCGGGGCCCCGGGCCUCAUACUCCCCUCCAGACAGGCCGCGGGCUGCGGGCGGGGCGCGCUGUAGAGCCCGGGCGCCUAGGACUGGGACGGGGCAGCAGGGCUCGGAGAGAGACCCCGGGGGCGUCCCAUGAGGCGUUCCCUGCCAAGCGGCUCCCAGACGCAGGCUCCGUGGGCAGUCCAGCUCUCGCCCCCGGGCUUGAGCUGGCGGCGUCGGCUUCGGAGCCUUGGAACCAAGCAGAGUCCGGGGAAGCGCUCCCUUUCCAGCUCCAGCCGGAGAGCCGCCCGCCACGGAGAGGCGGAGUCACCGGCGCCCGGGGCGGGGAGAGGGGGACCCUGAAUAAUGAUGAGAUGAUGCAGAUGACAGAAAAUGAAGAUAAUGAUGGGGACUGUGCUUAG